AUGAGAUUCUUAAGAAAUCUUCAAAAUAAUUAUUCAUCCACUGAACCUAACAUAUAUCUUCCUCCUUCCGAACUCCUUCAUUAGGUAGUUUUCUCCUACAGCAACUUUUACUUUUUACAGGAUAUAUUGUAUCGGAAAUUGGAGUUACAAAAGAAGAAGGAAGAAGCCAAAAUACGCUUGAUUGAUUGGGUUUUCUACUUUUUUAAUUUAUCUACGGAAGAUGGCGCAUAACGACAUUGAGGAUAUGUUAGAUCACCUGAGAAAGAUUAAGAGUAGAGGUGAUUUGAAUGUUGUCAAGAUUGAGACACUUGAAAUGGAGCUAAGAUUUUUGAGAACCUUUAUCAAUUACCCUCAUGCUCUUUUGCCUGAUUCCUUAGUAGAAAUCAGAAAGAAGGCAAAAUUGAUUGUGGAAAUGCUUCACUCGGUUUUUGGUGGUAUUCCAUGUGAAUACAAAACUAGUCUUAAUGUGGAAAGGCUAGUAUCAGAGUUGCAGGAAAUUAGUGAAGAUAACGGUACCCGUUUAAUAUACAACUUUGAGCUGAAUGAUUCCUAUAUGUUAGAAUAUAUGGAUUACCUUGACCAGAAUCUAAAUGAUGCAUCGAGGUACUUGGUUCGAUCUGUCACUUUUUUCGCGGAAAAAAUCAAUAUCCUGCUGAAGACAGAUGGAUACUUAAGGCAAGUAAAAGUCAUUCAAAACAAAUUAAGGUUUUUAAGAUACCUAUAUGGUACAGAGAUAAAUAGUUAUGUCGACCGUGAGAAGUUGGAAGGUAUGCAAGCCCGAAUACAGUUCAUGGCUGACAAUGUGGGACAGUUCUGUCUUGCUCUUUGGGUUAAAGAGGAUGGAGAUGAUACAUCUAAUAUCGAGAGUAAACCUCGUUAUCUACUAUGCUUGGUUGUGAUAGUGGAGUUGGAAAUGAAAAAGAUUUUUCUUUGUGAACUGAAGGCCUCAAAGUUUACUCUAUCAAGAACUUUCAAGGAUAAGAAAUUACCAAAAGGACUUUCAUAUCAAGUCCACUGUCUUCUGGUGUAUCUUAGAGAUAAAAAUCUUGAUAACUUUCCCACUAUUUUCUCUGCUCGAAACAUUGAUAUGGCAAUAGAGUUCUUGUUAGUUUUUCUCGGCGAUAUACCAAAUCAUGUUAUUAAUGGUAAUAGGUUGAAUGAAAUCUUAGAAAAGGUUGGAGUUCUUGUGGGCGACAUACUUUAUGUAAUUCAAAUGCAGCUUCUUUCAGGAUCGACAAUCAAAGAUGAUGCGAGCAAGAUUGAUCUUGGCACGAUACAGUUAUUGGAGAAAAUUGAAGAUCUAAAGGCACAACUAGAGAGGUGCUACAAAUCCUUAAAAUACAGGCCAUCUCAGUUUCCCACAGUUGGUGGAUUGAGCUUUUUGGAUUCGCUCCUAAGGAAAUUGAACGAGAUGUUGAAAUCGAAAACAUGUUUAGAUUUCAUAUUGAAACCUCAUAUUGUCAUUUUAGAGAAAGAGUUCGCAAAUCUAACAUCUGUUUUCAGAGAUAUUGCAAAGGUGCAACAUGAACAUGAAAAUCUUAAAGAUCUUCAAAGGCGUACAAUCAAUUUGGCAUACGAAGCUGAAGUUGCCAUUGACUCUAUUCUUGCUCAGUGUAAUGCUCUUUGGUAUCUUUUUUGCUCGCUUCCUGCAAUCUUAAAAGAGAUCAAGCAUAUUAGUGCGGAGGUGACCAUGAUGUGGUCGGAGAACCUUGCUUUUAAGUCCUGCUCUACGGUAGAGCCAUCUAAACAUAUGCCAACUCAACAUAGAAAUCUUAUGAAUGGUGAGGAGAUAGUUGGUUUUGAUAAUGACAUGAAAAGAAUAAUUCGGUAUCUGACACGAGGGACAAAUGAGCUAGAUGUCAUCCCAAUUGUUGGGAUGGGGGGUCAAGGUAAAACAACGUGUGUUAGAAAGUUGUACAAUAAUGACAUCAUUAUUUAUCAUUUUGAUGUUCGAGCAUGGUGUGUCAUUUCUCAAACAUAUAGCCGGAGAGAGCUACUACAAGAGAUUUACAAUCAAGUUACUCGUUGCAAGGACAAGGUAGAUGAUAUUGGCGAACUAGCUGACAUGUUGAGGAAAAGCUUAAUAGGAAAGAGAUAUCUCAUUGUCUUGGAUGAUAUGUGGGAUUUUAUGGCAUGGGAUGACUUAAGACUUUGUUUCCCUGAUGUUGUAAAUAGAAGCAGAAUUGUAGUAACAACUCGUCUUGAGAAAGUGGGUGAACAUGUCAAGUGCCAUACUGAUCUUUAUUUCCUUCCAUUCCUCACACCCGAAGAGAGUAGGAAAUUGUUGCAGAAAAAAGUGUUUCAAAACGAAGCUUGCCCACAUGAACUUCAGGAUGUGAGUCUAGAUGUUGCAAGACGAUGCAAAGGGUUGCCCCUAGUGGUUGUCUUGGUAGCUGGAAUAAUCAAAAAGAAGAAAAUGGAAAGAUCUUGGUGGCAUGAGGUUAAAAAGGCUCUAUUUUCCUAUCUUGACCGUGAGUUUGAAGACUAUUGUCGGGCAACUAUGCAGUUAAGUUAUGAUAACUUACCCGACUAUUUAAGACCUUGCCUUCUCUACAUGGGGAUGUUUCCAGAGGAUGAAAGGAUCCCGGUGUCUAAAUUGAUAAGUUUAUGGAUAGCGGAAGGCUUCGUGCAGAACAUUGAAUCUGGGAGAUUAACGGAAGAGACAGCUGAAGGUUACUUGAUGGAUCUCAUUAGCAGUAACAUGGUAAUGGUUGCAAGGAGAAGAUAUAACGGUAAAGUCAAAUACUGCCAGGUUCAUGAUGUAGUGCUUUACUUUUGCUUGGAGAGGAGUAGACAAGAAAAGUUUAUGUUGGCAGUGAGGGGGAACAUUCAACGUUCUGAUUUGAAGGAAAGUCGAGUUAGCUUCAGUUUCAGUAAUGAGCUUUCCAAGUUUGCAUCCAAAACAUGGAAGUCUCUCCACCAACACUUGAGGUCACUGAUAACCACCAAUGGAGGAGAAUCCUUAUAUUGGAAUCCCUUCAGUCAGUUUAUUAAUUUGAUCAGGCUUCUUAAGGUCUUGGAUUUGAGUUCCCAUAAAUUGGGUCGUUUGUCGUUAGAUAUGUUGAAACCACUAAUUCACCUCAAGUACGUCGCACUUUUCACAGACAAAUUCGAUUUUCAUGGAAAAUCACAUCUUCCCCAUCUAGAAACUUUAAUUCUCAAGUGUUUAAUGCGUACGCAGUUAUCAGCGAAUUUUUGGAAAAUGAAAAAAUUAAGGCAUGUAGAUUUUAUUGAAACUGGUUUUUUUUGGGAAAAGCAGAUCUUUGAAGAAUCCUCUAAGUUGGAAAAUUUGAGAAUAUUAAAGGGUGUCGAAUUUACACUCGAUACUGAUUGCUUGAAUGUUUUAGUACAGAGGUGUCCAAAUCUUCAAGAACUUGAAAUCUUCUUUUUGAGCAAAUAUUGGCGAAAUAUUGAUGAAGAAAAAAUUUGUCUCAAAUUGGAGAGUCUUACCCAGCUUCAAUCACUUCGCCUUUUCUUUCCCUUGUCGGCUGUUGUACACUUGCCUUCAAAUAUAAAGAAAUUGGUACUAUGCGGGGCUUCGAUGGAAAGCACUAUUUUCUCCAUUGCAGGACUACCAAGUCUAGAGUAUCUCCAAUUAAGGGAUCUGCAUUUUAUUCAAUCUGAAGAGUGGUGCCUUGGAGAUAUCACGUUCCCUAAACUUAGGGUGUUGAAGCUUAUGAACUUAGGUAUCUCAAGGUGGGAUGCGUCAGAGGAAUCUUUUCCCCGGCUUGAAACACUUGUUAUAAAAAUUUCUAGGUAUCUCGAGGAGAUCCCACUUAGCUUUGCAGAUAUUCCAACGCUGAAACAGAUUAAGUUGAUGAGGUGCAGCAACAAUAAAUCUCUGGUGGCUUCAGCUUUGAGAAUUAAGAAAGAAGUUGAAGAGAAUGAAGGAUGCAACCGUGUAGAGAUCAUUAUUGAUGUAAGUAGAAGCAAACUCAAAUGUGAUGUUUUAGUGUCUUAACGUGCAUCUAAUGUGCAAACAAUACAGGGUGUUUAAUGGAUGUUUCAGGCAGCUGUGAGUCAAGCAUGUGCUUGUCACAAUAACAUGGUAUAACAAGGAUGUGUUGAAUUUGACAAUUGCUUAGGCAUCAAAAGCACAGACAGAGUGGACGGACGGAGUUCUUUCUUAGCAAAUUGUUGUAGUCAUGCUGGGGUCUAUUAUGCGGAAACCCCAAUCUCCUAAUAUUGUAACAUUACUAAAUCUGUUUUGAUUGAUCGAUUGAGACGCAUACCCUCUUUUAAGUUUGUUUCUAAUGAUUGUAGAACAAUAUCAUAUGGUCUUCCAUUU